ACGCGUCUUGUAAUUUCAGGCCUUGUCUGAAGUCCUGCUAUGUUUACUGUCCGUGCCAAAACAUUGUAUUUGUAGUCAACAAAAACAAGCUAAAAUCCGUGAAAUCACCGCCUUUGACAUUUUGAUCAUCGGUUCCUUGCCAUUCUACUGAAACAAGCUUGGCCAUCUAGGGAUUAUAUAACCAACCAGGUUUUUAGCUUUAGAGCGGGCACAGGAAGCUUAGCUGAGCUUAAUGGAGGGCAGUGAUGAAACUGGUAGUGUCAAGCAACGACCCAAUUCAACAUUUGGUUCAUCAUCUUUUUCGGUUCCUAAACCAAACAGCCAUUUAGAGAUACCCAAUUUCAAUUCAGCUCAAAUGGGUUUGCCUAUGCGCCAAUCAUCCCCAAGUUUGAGUCCUGAGAACAGUAAGAGGCCUGGUAUACCUCCUUCACACCCCAAUAACCACAAUUCAAUGCCUUUUUCGCAUAUCAUGAGGCCUCAAUCGGGUUCUUGGCAACUGGGUCCUCAGAAUUUGAGCUCAGUGCCUUCCCAUACAAGAUCCUUAUCUCAGCCUUCGUUUUUCUCACUUAAUUCUUUGCCCCCAUUGAGCCCUUUGCCUUACCGCGAGCCCUCGUCUUCUUCACUCUCUGACCCAAAUUCCGUUGAUGUUUCUAUGGAUGAAACUGUUGUUAAUUCUCAUGCCCCGUCGCUUCGUUCUCCAGUUACUACUGACAGCAACGCAUUUUGGGCUGGUGAUGGCCUUCCCCCUCGUAGAGGCCACAGGCGCUCUAACAGUGAUGUCCCAUUAGGAUUCUCAGCUGUCAUUCAGUCUUCACCUCAGCUGAUUCCCAUUGGGCGUAGAACAAGUUUGGAUGGAUCAGCUUCUGGAAGAGAAAAUUCGGGGAUUGGCAAGCCAGUUCAGUUGGUGAAACGGGGAUCAAAUGGGGAUAGGGAUGGUAACAAAAAUGCUGAGGGAAUGGAUGAGAGAAAAUCGGGGGGAGAGGUUGUGGAUGACUUGUUUAAUGCAUACAUGAAUUUGGACAACAUUGAGAAAAUGAACUCGUCUGGUAAUGAGGAUAAGGAUUUGGAUAGCAGAGCCAGCGGCUCAAAGACAAAUGGGGGUGAGAGUAGUGAUAAUGAAGUGGAAAGUGGUCUAAAUGGAAAUCGUUACAACGGGCAGAGGCCAGCUUCUGGUUUUCCAAGUGAGAAGAGGGAAGGAGUCAAGAGGACUGCUACUGGAGAUGUUGUACCAAACGUCCGACACUGUAGGAGCAUUUCCAUGGAUAGUUAUAUGGAAAAUUUGAAUUUCGAUGAUGAACCACUGAAGCCCCUGCCGGCAGGCCAACAAUCACCUUCCGCUUCCCUAGAUGGUAACUCAGGUAAGUUCAGCAUGGAGUUUGGAAGUGGUGAGUUCAAUGCAAUUGAGCUGAGAAAGAUAAUGGAAAGUGAGAAACUUGCUGAGAUAGCCCAAUCAGACCCCAAGCGUGCAAAGAGGAUUUUGGCGAACCGUCAGUCAGCUGCGCGUUCUAAGGAGAGGAAGAUGCGAUACAUUGUAGAAUUGGAACACAAAGUGCAAACACUGCAGACAGAGGCAACCACUUUGUCUGCUCAGUUUACCAAGUUGCAGAGAGACUCUGUGGGUCUUACUAGUGAGAACAAUGAGUUGAAAUUUCGUCUUCAAGCUUUGGAGCAACAGGCCCAACUUAAAGAUGCUUUAAAUGAGGCCUUGACUGGAGAAGUCCAGCGGCUAAAGCUUGCUGCUGCAGAGAUCGGUGGAGAAGGGCACCUUUCAAUUAAUCAACAAAUGCUCCAACUACAGCAUCUCAACCUUUAUCAAAUGCAACAGCAGCCACAACACCAGUCUCAACAGCACACACAACAGCAGUUCAUGCAGCCUCAGCAAAACAGACAACCUUCCCAUCAGCAGAAUGGCAAUGGCAAUGGCAAUGCUGCUGCUGCUGCUAAGCACGAGUCAAGCGAAUAGGUUGGCCAACACAUACGUUGGCUUGUAUUGGUUCAGUAGAUUAUGGGUGACAAAAUUUAUUUUGAAAUGAUGUCAUAUAAAUCCAUAUAUAUGUCUAAAUUUAUUGACAUAAGUAUUAUUGUGAAAUUUAUAUAACUUAACCAUUUUUUGGUUCAUUGGGUUGGUUA